AUGGAAUCUCCUUUCAUGGAAACCGCUUUCCAAAAGUUCAACAUCGGUCCUUCUGGACCAAAAGGUCGCGAGUACAAGGACAUGUGGAAAAAGAAAGAGAUGGACCCGGCGAUGUUUUCAGCGAGAGUGUUACCUGAGAACAUUGAAAACACUCGAGUGUUAGCUGUGUGCGGAAUCCCACCUGAAGACUCUCAUCCGGUUGAGGACGGCUGGUUCUUCUCGGACUUUUUCGCGUUCAAACAUGUUUUGAGCGGUGUAGGAAAAGCUCAGACUUGGAUGGCAUGUCUUUCGCCCGAAAAUCUCGUCCAGGAGCACAAUGUGUUUCUUCAUGGUAACCCGUACCAUGAUCGGAAAGUUGUGCUCAAUAAGGACAUGGUACGAAAAGGAUUUGGGGCAGACAUUGUGGUCAUUCCAAGAUUAGACAUUCGAGAUGCGUUUGCCAAAAAACUUCAACAGGAGGCUCAUGAAGCAAAACAAAAUAAGCAACCUCUUGUGGUUCUGGUAUUUGCCCAUGGGAGAGAAGAAGGUGGUGGUUGGUGGCUAGGACCUCCCGGACUGAACCUUUUUUCAAGAGCGAGAUUUCAAGGGCUGGUUGACCAGGAGAUUCAAGUAUCGAUCAUGUCCACCGCAUGCUAUGGUGGGCAAUGGGUCAUCGAUACGACUCUGAAUAGGACCUACUUAGCAGCGGCAGGUCCUAUACAGGAAAGCGAAAGCUGGAACGGGAGCAAAUCCUGUAAUAGGAAAUGCGGCUCGAUAUAUGCCUCAGCCCUCCUAAAAGCGUGGAGGGAGGAAGCUGAUGAGGCGCAAGGCCUCCUGCAGAAAUCUGCCGGAUCCGUCACCGAAACCGAGAGCACGUACCACAAUUUCACUGGCGCAGUUUGGGACUCUCUCUUCAGCUUGGACCGAUUUGCCAGUGACCACGACAUUAGGUUCUCGGUGCAGGAUGAAGAUUGGGCAGCAGGAUGGAGCGCAAGGUUCGGACUUCCGGCCAGUGCAAUUCGCUUCGAGGAGAAGUGGGAAAGUCUACCCACUGUCCAGAAAGAUGUCUCCUUGGGGUACAGCUUCCUCAACAGAGAUCCAGCACUGAGCGUAGAUCUGAACAAUCUGGAUGUGUUGUCUUCGAAACUAAACGUGAGGCAUGGCGGGAGUCUCAAUUCCGCUCGUAACCAAGUGUGCGCGAUGGGGGCUUUGUAUUUGCAAAGCUUGCCGGGCGAGGAUAGUCUCUCGUCAAACACUUCACUUCACGGAAAAUUAGGCAGAACCAUGGACAAAAGAAAAGAGGUGGACUGGUCCCUCUUGAACACAGUUUUGCAAGGGGUAAAUUUUCGAAUGGAGUUAAGCCACCUGGCUACGGAACUCGUUCAGACUGCAGGCAUGAAAUUGCCGCGUGGUCUCACAUGUCACGAGACGGACAUUUUAGUACUUGGAAGGCAAUUUGAAAAAGAAAACAGAAAGAAAUGGGGGUGCAUUGUUCAACAGGUCAUGGGGGUGUUGCCGGAGCCGAGCGAAGAGCUCAACCAAGGUGUGGAUUGGCCGAAACCCCGGAGGUACAUUGCCGCGGCUAUAUUCCUCUCUGAAGGUGUUCAGAGUUUGGACGAUGUCCAGUCUGCAGUCGCAGCUGUGAAUGGUUUGCUUUCCGAGGAGCUGCGAUGCAGCAAGAAGACUUUGGAAGGAGUGCCUGAAGUCCGGGGAAGGAAGAAGGAUUGGUACCAGGCGAUGAAGAAGAGGCUUCGAAGCCUUUCACCGGAUAAAAAGCAAAAGAGGAUCUCUCUUAGUUCUACCACUCCGCGACAAGGUCCGAACUUCCCACCCUCAAAGCAGUAA